AGUAUAACUGAAAUAACAGUGUGAUUAUUUCGGUUUGAUCUCCGAAUUAAAAUCGGUUCGGUUAUUUAAUUUCGAUUAAUUCGAUUCGCUUAUUUUUAAGCCAAAACUUAACCGACCGAAUAACGAAUACUCAUAUAUAACUCAUCCCUACAGCGUAACCUCUGCAAAAUCUCCCCCAAAUCGCGAACCCUAAACCCCCACCGGCAGAGUUCCUUCGUCUCAUCAUCUGCCUCCCACGCCAAAGAUCGGAAGGCAACACCUUAACUCUGCCACCAUGGAUCCACAGAGCCAGACUACUUCACUGCAACGACUACAAAACGUCGAAAAGAGAAUAGUCAGGGUGCUAGAGUUAGCUGGUGGAGUAAUGGACGAAAUGGCAAACCCUAGUGGUCCUAGGAAGGAGCUUGUGAACAGCCAUUGCAGCGAAUUCAUGCAAUCAGUCAAGGAUAUUCAGAUGACGCUCCGAGAGGAAAUCAAGAGCGCCUGCGAUUAUCGCCCUUUUGAGAAGUGUGAUUAUGUUCCAAGAAUAUCGAAUGAGAUCUGUUGCAAGAAAUUGGAAUAUGUGAUUGCACAACUAGAUGAGAUGAAGCAAACCAUUGAUGAAUAUGGUGCAGCCUGAGAUUGUACACUGUUGGGAACUUUUUCCUUUUGAGAAGAUACUGUUGGAAUUGUUUAUGCAGAAAUGUUUAGGCUAUGAAGAUGGUGACUGCUGUAUGAUAGAGUUGCCUGCAUUGAUCUGAAGAAGUAUCAAUUUUAUGCCAUUUUGAGGUAUAGAGGCUUUAAGCGUGCAGUAUAGAGCUCGUGUAUUCGUUGCUCGAAUGCAUUGCCCAUGGAAAAUGUCAAGAAUUGUUUCUGAUUAUAUUAGAUGAUAAGUUGUUCUUUAAUGGAGAUACGUACUGUAUAUGAUUCAAGCCCCCUUGGUAGGUCGGCAUGCUGUGAACUUGUUAUUGGUGGUUGAAGUUUUUGACUGCAUAAAUGAGGGAUGCCAAUGUACAUUCACCUUA